AUGGCGAUGGAUAACAGCACCACCACUGAGGGGUUUGUCCUGCUGGGAUUUGGAGUCGCAUCACAGAAGCGAAUCUUGCUUCUUGUCUUUUUUGCCAUUCUCUACAUGCUGACUUUGGUGGAGAACAUCAUCGUGAUCCUACUGGUAUUCCUGGAUGCCCACUUGUCCCAGCUCCCGAUGUACACUCUGCUGAGUAAUUUCUCCUGGCUGGAGAUAUGCUAUGUGACCACCACCGUGCCCCGAAUGCUUUAUGACCUGACUACCUCUCAUAGGACCAUCUCCUUCCAGGCCUGCUUGCUUCAGUUCUACAGUCUGUUCUCUUUGGGCAGCACUGAAUUCUUCUUCCUCUCGGCCAUGGCUUUGGAUCGGUACCUGGCCGUCUGCCACCCAUUGCAUUACCCACAAAUCAUGUCCCCUAAAUUCUGCUAUGCUUUAGUGUCCACUUGUUGGAUCCUUGGCUUCCUGGGGUACAUUCUCCCAGUGACUCUGAUCUCUAGGUUAUCCUUCUGUGGAUCCAAAGUCAUCGACCAUUUCUUGUGCGAUCCUGGACCAGUCUUGUCCUUGGCUUGUCCUCCAGUUGGAAAUGUUCCUCUGGUCUGUCGAAUCAUCAUGCAUGCUGUCUUUGUAAGCAAUGUCCUCUUUGUUGUAUUUUCAUACGGCAAGGUGAUUUUCACUCUGAUGAAAUCUUGCAACCAAGGCAAUCGUAAAAAGGCCUUCUCCACCAUAUCUAUGCACCUCUUGGUGGUGACACUUUUCUAUGGCUCGGUUGGAGGGAUGUACCUAAUUCCUGGUGGAGAAAGCCCAACUGUGAUCACUAAGGCCAUAACGGUCUUCUAUGCUACCAUCACACCCUUUGUGAACCCAUUGAUCUAUUGCCUGAGGAAUGAUCAGGUCAAAGAGGCAAUGAGCAGAUUGCUAAGGAGAAUUAUGAACUCGAUGCUUAUGAAAAGCUCAGUGUAA